GGUCAUUAAAGAAGCGCAUAUAGGUCGACUUGGCAUAGAGGCCAUACUUCAGGAAUAAUUGGGUCGCAGCAAUGAGUGGUAGGCGAUUCAAACCGAAAAAGACGCGGGAGCAAAAGCUCGUUAUUCGCAAAGCGGCCGAGGAAGACUUGGCGAAGCUGCAGGAGCGCAUUGAUGCCUUUGAUCCGGAAGACCUUGCGGCCUUGGCAGAUAUCAACAGUUUUGAGGAUCUGCCUCUGUCGCAUAAUUCAAUACAAGGCCUCAAAGCUGCUCAUUUUACAAAACUCACAGACAUUCAAAAGCGUGCGAUACCGUUGAUCCUGAAGGGCAGGGAUGUGCUGGGUGCUGCGCGAACCGGCAGUGGCAAGACUUUGGCUUUCCUCGUACCCAUGCUCGAACAUCUAUUUCGCUCCAAUUGGACGCAAUAUGAUGGUCUUGGGGCUCUAGUCAUUUCACCGACUCGCGAACUGGCGUUACAAAUCUUUGAAGUGCUGCGCAAGAUUGGACGUACACAUGGCUUCUCUGCUGGUCUGGUCAUUGGCGGCAAGGACUUGAAGGAAGAAGCCGAUCGAAUGCUCAAGAUGAACAUCUUGGUCUGCACGCCUGGCAGAAUCUUGCAGCACAUGGACCAGACUGCUGGCUUUCAAGCUGACAACUUGCAAAUGCUUAUUCUUGAUGAGGCAGAUCGCAUCCUAGAUAUGGGAUUCCGGAAAACACUGGAUGCAAUUGUAGACAAUCUGCCACCCUCUCGUCAAACUCUACUUUUCAGUGCGACUCAGACGAAAUCUGUCAAGGAUCUUGCUCGACUCUCACUCAAGAACCCAGAGUAUGUCUCUGUUCACGAGUCAUCAGACAGUGCGACACCAGCAUCUCUCCAGCAAAGCUACGUCCUUGUCAACUUACCAGAAAAGCUCGACACACUCUACGCUUUUAUGAAGACGCACUUGAAAUGCAAAGCUAUUGUUUUCAUGUCCACUGGAAAGCAAGUUCGGUUUGCCUAUGAAACCUUUCGUCAUCUACAUCCCGGGGUGCCGCUCAUCCACUUACACGGCAAGCAAAAGCAAAUGUCGCGCGCGGAGAUCACUGCUCGAUUCGCCGCUUCCAAGCACUGCUACCUCUUCUGUACGGAUAUCGUCGCACGUGGUCUAGAUUUCCCUUCUGUGGAUUGGGUGAUUCAGUUGGAUGUACCCGAAGAUGCGGAUACCUAUAUUCAUCGCGUUGGCAGGACUGCGCGGUAUGAGAAAGGUGGCAAAGCACUCCUCAUGCUUCUUCCAAGCGAAGAGGGAGCCUUCUUGGCCCGCCUCAAGAAGCGAAAGGUGGUCGUGGAUAAGCUCAAUAUCAAGCAGAACAAGAAGCAGAGUAUUGUCUCACAGCUACAGCACAUGUGCUUCAAAGAUCCAGAAAUCAAGUAUCUCGGACAAAAGGCAUUUGUGUCAUAUGUGCGGAGUGUCAACUUGCACAAGGACAAGGAUGUCUUCAAGGUCGAUCAGUUACCGGUUGAAGAAUUUGCCGCAAGUCUCGGCCUGCCUGGUGCACCACGAAUCAAAUUCUUGUCUUCGAAAGAGGUCAAGGCAAAGAAGAAUGCAACCCUCAAACCAGAAUCAGAGAGUGAGGGAGGUUCUGAAGGUAGCGGGCCAGAUACCGAAUCAGGUUCAGAGAGUGAUACGGCUAGUGAGGCGCCUGCAAGCAAGACAGAAGCGCCGAAAAAGGUGACAAAAACGAAGUAUGACCGCAUGUUUGAGCGUCGCAACCAGGAUAUCUUGUCGGAGCACUACACGAAACUUGUUGAGCAUGAUGGGACAACUACAAUUGAUCAGGAAACUGCAGAUGCAGAUGAGGAUGAUGCAUUCAUGAAGAUCAAGCGCGCUGAUCAUGCACUGGAAGCUGGUGAAGGCAACGAAGGACCCCAACUUGCUCUGGCGGGAGAUGCUCCUUCAGAGACAUUCAAGCCAGAUUCAAAGCGUAAAGCCAAAGAAGCACUGUCAAAGAAGGCUAUGCUCAAAUAUAAACCACUCGGAACGAAGCUGGUCUUUGACGACGAGGGAGACGCGCACCCCAUGUACGAAAUGCAGACGGAAGAAGCCUUCAGGGCUCUCGGCCCUUCACAACAGCAGAUCGACGAGUUUUUGAAGAAGCAAGGAGAGCUCUUGCAAUCCGUGGAUGUGGACGACAAGGUGGAGGCAAAGGACAAGAAACGUGAUAAACGAAGAAAGCAGCUUGAGCGAGCCAAGCAACUCGCGGAAGAGGCUGCGAGCGACGACAGUGACCAAGAAGUGGUUCUGGCACCAUACUCCGAUGAUGACGGUUCGGCAGAUGCGGCGUCUAUGGAUGAAGAAGUUGGCGGUAAGCGUAAAAAGUGGUUCCAGGAGUAUGACGACAAAGCAGAAGAAGAAGCAGCAUCAAAGCGGCGCAAGUUGGGCAAUGUCGUUGAAGUUGCCGAGCCUCAGACUCUUGCUGCACAGGAAGAACUGGCUCUACAGCUGCUGGGUCGUUCAUAGUUUAGCAGGACUUUAUAAGUGCAUCGCUGUGUUCUAUGGGCUGUAUAAGUCUUUCACCCUCACUGAAACGUUGAGAGACAACGCAGCAAAGAGUCUGGUCAGACGACACAAGCAAAGACUCC